GUUAUUUGAAGCACUGGUUUGGACUCAAACCCUGAUUUUUGUGUGUAUAAAGAAAGUGAAGUAUGACUACGCUAAUUUUGCAUUUUGCCUUUGACCCUCAUGUGCCGCCGUAGUUUAGAGUCCGGAAGCAUCAUGGCUAUCGGGAAGCCAAAAACUCUGUGCCAUAAACAAAUUGGAAUGCCUCAUAAUUUUCUGUAGUAUUGUAGUCUUUGCGGAGUGAAGUAUUAAUCAUCUUCAGUAAUACUCAAAAAUGUCAGGCCAGGAGAAAUCAGACAAGAGUGUGGACAUGUGGUCCUUCCUCCGCUGUCUGGGAUAUCUCUCCAGCUUCAACUUACUGGUAGCCGUGUGCCUGGGAAUGUACGUACGAUGGGAGCAGACCUCGGAGCCCAUGAUUCUGGUCCUCUUCAUCUUGGGUUUGUUCGUUUCGGCCAUCGCCUGCAUCCUCUACUACUACUUCUCAAUGGAGUCUGCCAGUUUAAGUCUCUUCCACCUGUGGUUCGGCUUCCUCCAGGGUCUCCUGUGCUUCCUGAACAGCCCGUCUCUAGAGGAUGAAAUAAAAGAGCAGGUCACAAACUACCUGUUGCUUUCUAGUGUUUCAAUCCGGACGCUCUGGGCGUUAACAGAACGCCUGUGUGCUAAUCCUAAAUACAAACCAGUUGUGAUCACUUCGUCCGAGCUUCUAGAGCUUCUGGGAUUUGGGGUUGCCAGCAUCAGCUUGGUUUUUGAUAAAUCUCUAGCCAUGAUUGCUUUAACGUUUGCAUUAACCGCCCUCAUUAUAGACCUCCGCAUGAAGUCACCCUUGGCUCUACCUAAUCUAGCCUGCUUUUCCGUGAUCGCCGCCGUUACUUUUUUCCAGUCCUUAAAAAUCCAAACAAACCCCUUCGCGCUCAGCUGCUACCUGGGACGGCUUAUCUGCGAGCCCCUUUUGGACGUUUACUUCAGCAGCUUGACUGCAACAGAGCGCUGGAAGCAGUUUCUCUCCGCCGGCCGCCUGUGGAGGAGGUUUUCUCUAUUUCCGCUGGCACUCGUUGAGCUGUUGUUUUUUGUGGUCUGUGCCUUUAAAUUGGGUAACCUGAAAGACUGGUAUCUGGUCAUACCUGGCUUCUGCAUCUUUGGCCUCUUGUGGAUCCUCUGCCACAUGGUUUUCCUCGUCACACUGUGGUGCUUCCACACCAAGCUAAGCGAGUGUCAGAAAAUGUGGGCAGCGCAACGCUUACAAACGCUCAAUUUGGACAGGAUCAUGGCCUCCAGGGGCAUGCGGCACUUCUGCCUCAUCUCUGAGCGGCUCGUGCUCUUCUGCCUGAUGUCCACCAUCAUCCUUGGGGCUGUUUCGUGGCAGGUCGCUAAUGGACUCUUCAUGAGUGUGUUUUUAGUGGUCCUGCCACUGGAGUCUCUGGCUCAUGGGCUCUUCCAUGAACUGGGCAACGGUUUGGGAGGCACCUGCGUUGGAUAUGCGGUGGUAAUUCCCACUUGCUACAGCAGUGCUGAUGGUCAACCGGUGCUGUUGCCUCCAGGACAAGUUCAGGAAUUGCACUCCACAUCUACUUUGAAUGCAGUGCAGCGACUCUUCUCCCAUCACCUUAUCCAGACGUUCGGGUGUGACUAUUCCACCAGUCUAAGCCUCGAGACCCUGCUUGUCAAGCUGCGCUCCUUUUUGGAGCUCUGCACCGCUGAAGGCCCGAGGCACGACACUUAUAUUUUAUACUACAGCGGCCACACGCUUCCCAGCGGAGACUGGACUCUUGCAGGUGGCGAUUACUUGCGCAUGAAGCAGAUCCUUGAUAUGUGGCGGGAACAGAAUUCCAGCUUUUCCUCCCGCCUUAUUCUGGUCCUGGACACCGAGAACUCCGCUCCGUGGGUGAAGGCGGUGCGCAAAGUGGAAGGGAUGUAUGUGGCAGUACAGGGAGCCAAAUUAAGCCCCGUCCAGGAUGCUGAAGGCCAGGAUGCCCCACGUUUGGGAGACUUCACUUCUGAGUGGGUGAAAUACAACUGCGAUCCUGAAAGUGGCGUCCAGUGGUCUGAGAGAGGAAGGGUCAUAUCGGCUAUAUAUGGAGUCUCCAAACCCUGGAGCGACUAUGCCCUUCACCUGCCCACCGGGAGCGAUGUGGCCAAGCACUGGAAAACACACUUCCCCAAAACCACAUAUCCAUUGGUGGCUGUAGCAAACUGGUGCUGCGGACUCAACCUCCUAUGGCUGUGCAGUGUGUGUUUGCGCUGCGUCAGGAGACUCAAACUCUCAUGGUUUCCUCCCAGCAUACUUGACACAGGGCAGGGUAUUAAACUAGUCCGAUCAUAGGAGACCAACUGGUUCAGAUCCAUUUAUAUGAUGUGUAUAUACAACACCAUUUAUAUUUUCUAUACAUGGGGGGGGGGGGGGGGGGGGGGGGGUAUUGUUUAUGAGUUAAGUGCUCUGAAAUGUUUACUUUAAGCGGACAACUCAAUCCUGCUCCUAGCAAUUGAUGUCUUGUUUUAGAUCAGGGUUUCCCAAGCCUUUUCCUGGAGCCACACUAACAGUACAUAUUUUGGAUGUCUCCCUUAUCUGACCCAUUCAUUUCAGGUUUUGGAGUCUUCUCUAAUGCUCUUAUGAGUUGAUUGAGGUGUGUUUGAUUAGGGAGAGGUUAAAAAUGUGUAAUGUUGGUGUGCCUUUAGGAACAGGCUUGGGAAACACUGCUUUAGAUUGCACCUGCUUUUCUAAUAUAUCCAAAUGCCUUGGUUCUAAAGUUUAAUUUGAGUUAGGACUAAGCCUUAUGGUUUUGUCUGCCAUGAUUGAACACUAUCGUCAUAGGAUUACUUUUUCUGUUUAUCUAUGUGCCCUUUAUACGCCAUAUAGCCACUUAAAAUCUGUGCUACUAAAGAAAAGCAUUUGCACAGUGUUAAGACUAUCAGUGCCUUGUUAAUUUAUUAACUUUUAAGUGGGUUCUUUGUAUUCGGGUGACAUUUGUAUUGCAAUAUACGCAGUCAAAGUAAAAUAAGGACUCUAAUUGUACCUAUAGAUGGUUUUGCUUGUUUUUUUUUUUUUUUUUGUAUAAGCUGAUCUGAUUUACUUGUUACUUAUGCCCUCUACAAAAGCAAUUGUUUAAUCGUUAUCAUGCCAUGAUUUUGUUUUGCACCUUCUUUCCCUCUCUUUUAUUUUUUCAAGGGUUUCUUUUUUUAAUUCUUGAUCAACAGACCAGCGUCCUUUAUUAAAGACAGUUUAAAAUAA